AUGGCCUCCAGCAUGCCCUUGGCAACUCCUCUCUUCCCCAACCUCCCACCUGAGCUCCGCAACGAAAUCUACUCCUACCUUUCCAUUCCCCCUUCCGACUCAACAUCUUUAAACUCACACCUCCCUCUGGGAUUGAAAACAUUCACCUGCAAACAUACGACCAUCAACCUCAUCCCCACACACCAUGGCUCAACCUCCCUGCUCUCGCUCCCACGGGCCACUUUCCCCGAAAGUCUAGAAUACUCAUCGCACCUCCUCAGCAAUGCGAUUACCCUUCAAAUUGGAGUACAUUUCCACGGACGCGUCAACAACUUCGUGCAAGUAGAUUGGAACAAGAAAAUCUCAACACAUCUGAACAAACUGGCCAAAUCUUUCCCAUGGCUGAAAAAGGUGGCGAGAUACGAUAUCCAAAUACUAUGGGAACCAGUUGACGGAGCGCUCAAAAGUAAGAAAGGAAAGAGGGUCGCAGGUCAGAUACCACUUGAUAUGGUGGUAUGUCUGACACAACUCAUGGAUGCGGAGGUGAAGAGGAAACGGGGGUCUGUGAGCGUGGGUCUAUGCUUGGAACAUUCGUUCGCAAUCCAAAAUGCGCUUGCUGAGCACAAGUUUGGAUUGAACACGUUUCUCUUCAACAACGGCAGCGGGGAUCCUGAAUUUAAGAAAUUCAUGAGGGAAGUAAAGAUGACGGCACAUGAGUAUCACCUGCCAACGCAUCCUCACCCAAGGUUUCUUGCUGUUCCUUCCAUUGGGGACUCGAAGGAGAAGGCAUUAAUCAGGGUGCAAAAUGGCGUGGUCAGUUGGAGUGAGUGGACCAAGGGGCUGCUGGUUAUGAGCAGGACGCUGGAUGCGGAGGCGCCCAGAGGGAGUGUGCUUACGCAAGGGAAGGGCGAGGCGGAAUUCCCAAUGUGCCAUCUCAUGGCGGAGUGUGUGAUGAGGUAG